CACCUGAGUUGUGUGGAGUUGCUUAUUGAUACGAGGAGAAUUUUGUACUUGGCGAUGUUUAGGAGGGCUCUGAUGGUCAUUUUACGGUCCAUCCGCUGGUUUAAAUCUCUUAUCAUCAAUAAUUCAACCGUUCACUCUUAGUCGCCGCUAUAACGAGAACGGUACCAAUCUCUCUGGAAUAUCGAUUGCAAAACUAUCCUAGUGCCUACGCUACUUAUAUUUUGAUUUUGUAAUCGUUUCAUAUGCACGUAACCGCGCUUGUUUUGUGAUAUUUAUAAAAAUGCAUGAGUUUUUCCAUUGUUCAUAUUACAGAAGGAGAAAUGUGAACAAUUGAGGUGCGAUUGCCGUUUAUACAUAGAGAAAUUUAAACUCCUGGUUGAUAAACUUUUACUGGUUUUUUCUCAUUACGAGGAACCGACCAAAGAACGACACAGACAAUGGAGCAGCAAAAUGAAAAGCUUUAUCAUUUCUCUUUUGGACUAAACAUUAUUUCAUUUUUUUGUUCACAUUUUAAUUAUCACUCUCUCUUUCGGGACUGAUAUAAAAGCAGAUCGUUUUUGGAUUGAACAUUAUAACAAUAGGAUAUAUAAAGCCAGACUUAGAGGUGGACAUUUAAAGCGGCGCGCACCCGACAGGUAUCAAAAAGCAUACCAAAACAUUUUUUGGAAGAGCGGUUGACUGGACGCAGAAAGUUUAACCAUUCUGAUUUCAUCGCAAGAAUUUGAUUUACCUGAAUGUGGCACCGUCAGUUUGUGUGACAGGGGACAAGUGAGAUUAUGGGGGACGAGGACUCGUACAGCGCGUGGAAGGACAGGUGCGAUAGAUAUUUCACCUCCAUCUCAGAGUCAGAGAGUGUCAGGAACGGGAAUUAUGAAAAGAACAGGCACAUGAAAAAAUGGAGGACGCUUCGUGACAUCACAAGUGAUGAGCUCACCAAAUCGGACGCCACCUCAAAUUUUGACCGGGCCAGGCUGUGGCUUCCCGCCGUGGACAUUCAUGGACUUGGGAUUGCGGGAACAACUACUCACGUGUUGGAAACAUCCAUAUGGAUAAUUAUUUCUUGUGUUGCUUUCAGUGGAUUCGUAUUCCUUGUGUACCUGAACUUUUCAGUUUACUAUCUGCAGUCCUCUAGCUUUCGAACUGAGCAAGUUGGUGCCAGGAUAUCCGAGGCACCUGUUAUAACUGUGUGCAAUAAGAACAAACUGCGUUUCUCUGUGGUGGCGUCCGCUGGCGACAGAUUCCGUGAUCUCCUUGUUCCCAUGACAACUACUUCCAUGCUGUCACCAUCUCUUACAAAAAAUGGAACCGACGCAAUAAAAUCCACCUCAUUUCAAACUUUUCUCAGAAAUGUCGUAGACAAAGAAAAAUAUGACAAACUGAUGUCAGAGAUAGAUUUUUCUUUCGAGCCUUAUUCCUCAAUGACGUCACAAAACGAUUGGUACAGUGUCUACAGAACAAGUCUCCGAUAUGGCUUCCGGAUUUUAGAACAGGCCGUGAGACCAAAUAGGGAGGAGCAGUGGAAGUUCGGCCAUCAGGCUAACAAGACCCUAGUACAGUGUCUGUAUAAUGGAAGGCCCUGUCUUCAAGACGUUUUAGAGAUUGUUGAUGAGGAGCAUGGACGAUGUUUUAUGAUAUCUCCAUCUGUAACAAAGGAAAUGGGCAAGAUUGAGCUGAGACUGAACAUUGAGCCCGAUGAGUACAUCGAUGUAUUGAGUCCUGAGCAUGGGGCUGUUAUAUUUAUCCACACACAGAAAUUCAACCUCAGGGACGGUCAACAAUACAUGCUGGCCCCCGGAUCAAGUUAUAUCAUCGACCUACAAAAAAUUGUCAAAACAAAGAAACUUCAGGACUGCAUAGACAGACAGAGUUACAAUAGGAAGAAAUGCUUGUCUGACUGCAUAGACCAUUUCUCACAGACAUACUGUAAAUGCCGACAGAAUUUUGAAAGUGACAAUGCUGAUAGAUGCAGAAUCAAUGUUCAAUUUGAAUUUGUGUGUUCCGCUGCUCUAUCAUAUUUAGCCUCAAGUGGAGAGCUACCUUGUUCAUGUCCACUGCCAUGCAGCACAAGCAGUAUUGAUACUACAGUAACUUCCCUACCCUGGCCUUCUGCUGGGAACCUGAAGCACGAGCAGAAAUACUUACAGAACCAGGGACUAGUUAUGACUGACAGUCAGUUCAGGUCCUCAAUGAUAAAGGUGUCCUUGGAUUUCUCUAAUGCCAAAGAAACAAGUCUGACGGAGGAAAACACAUCCACAUUGUUGCAACUGCUUGCUAACAUUGGAGGUGUGUCCUCCCUGCUGAUUGGCAUGUCAAUCAUCUCUGUUCUGGAGGUCCUGUGGCUGACCAUCAGGGCAUGCCUUGUGAGUUGUGUGGAGUCUUAUCAAAGGAAACAGAGACAGGAUAAAAACAUCGAGAAGCUGUCAGACUCCGACUUCACUUCUAUUACGUGGGCAGCACAGAAAGAACGACUGAGAUAUGAAGCACAGCACAAGGAGGAAAUGAUUGGCAGGAAAGGACUCUGGUCCCAGGAACCAAUCAGAAGAAACAGUGGAAGAUGUCAGGCUCUGAGGCCCAUCCCAGAGGAGAGCAAAUCCACAAACACCUUCAGUGUCAAACACUCCUCAACCAAAAUGGGAGGGCAGCCACAACACGGGAUGUUUACAAAGUACACCCCAUACAACAGGUACCCAAGUCAACCCACCAUUGUAAACACCAUUAAACCUGAAGACCAGGCCAAAGGAAACGAGUUCCCUUUGUUCCAUUCUCUGGACCAAGCAAGUGGGCCCCGAUGUUCUACACCGGAGAACAAGGAGAGUCGUGCACCUCAUCUACUUCACAUGGACUCGGACGCCCGACACUACCCCGAGAGAGGGAGGAUCAUCUCCCCGGCAGAUGCCAUUCAAAUGUACGGUCCGUCCGCACGAAAAUACUAUGUCAGUGAACCAUAUAACAUAUAACUUUCUACAUGAUGCAUAUAUAUCCAAGGGUAUCCUAUAGGCAACUGUAGGUAACAGAGUUUGGUUUUCUUACAAAUUAUAUGAAUAUGCUUUAAAGUUUGCUUUUUUUUUAAUUAUGCCAAACAUUGUGUUU